UAAAGCUUUCAAUGUACUUAUAGUUUUUAUUUAAUUGUCUAUUUAUUAGCUCGGCUGUUUUUGAAGAAUACCAGAAUUAUUGUCAUAGCCAGCUCUUCCGCUGUCCGCAUCGUGCUAAAACCUUAACAUUGGCUCUAAAAUCAAAGUGCUUCCACCUACAACUUUUAAACUUCAUAUGUAGAUGCACCUUGAUGAGUUCUACACGCCACACCAAUUUUUGGGUCACUAGGUCAAAGGUCAAGGUCACUGUGACCUCUAAUAUAAAACUUAAAAAUAGGCUCUAAAAUCAAAGUGCUUCCACCUACAACUUUGAAACUUCAUAUGUAGAUGCACAUUGAUGAGUUCUACACGCCACACAAAUUUUUGGGUCACUAGGUUAAAGGUCAAGGUCACUGCAGGGUUCGACAAAUCCACUCGCCCGCUCGUUAUUACGAGUAGAAAUCGGCUCUGGACGAGUGAAUAUUUUGGCAGCGCUCGUCAUGCAGCGUAGAGUGGCAUUUCUGUUCGAAAAGAUUAAAAUUUCAAGUUUUACUUCAUGAUUUAUACUUGCCUGACUGAAAUAUACAUAAGGAUAUUAUUCCCGUAUUAAUAUCAACAAUCUGCUAAAAAUAGAACCCAUGUGAUCUAAACCAUUAUCACGUGGUUAAAAACCUCCUUUAUAUACCAUGUGUAAACCCCAUUUGUCAGUUUUAUUUCCGGCGACAAACAAAUCACAUGUAUCAACUUUCUGCAUCGUUUUGGAUAUUUUUGUCCAGUUUAUUGAGUUUAUUGUGUUUAAGAAUAUUUUAUUUGGAUUUGUAUCGUAUUUUGGUGAGUGUUUGCGUGAUUAUGGCUAAUGCAGCACUUUCUUUAAAUAAUGAUUCACUUUCGGGCGAGGAAAAUGAAGACGUCAUUUCGGUCAAGAGUGGCCGGUCAAUUUCGACCUCUUCAAAAUCAAAAAGACGUACACCACGGGCGAGUCAAGCAGAUUUUGACAAUUUACGACGUAAUGUAAGUGAACUUGACAAACUGUUUUCGAAUGUUGAUUCGAAAUUAGACCGUUCUUAUGAAUCUUAUGGACACUGCUAGCUUGGCUAGGCAGAGACCACAGUCGACCGGCAUGGACACGGCCGUAUUUCACACAGUGACCGGGACGACCGGUGGUGACACUGUUGGAAAUAGCAAAUCUCUCGAGUGGGAUGAGGAUGACACGCUAUCCAUACAACCAGGUCAGCGAGAGAAGUCUCAGCUUUUGGGUGAUGAUGACUCUGACCAUAGCAAUUCACAUUCAUUGAUUGGUGACCAUUGUCAGGACAGUGACUCUGAUGAAUGGUUCAUGAAAUAUUCUAGUAAAACACGAGAUCUUUUGCGUGACAUGUUUGGUCAAGAUGCCGUCACUAGACCAGACAAGGGUGAUACAGGCAUAAUUUUAGACAAAGCUCAGCGUGAUGUACUCAGUGAGACAUGGAGAGCUGAAAAACCUACAAAGAUUUCUGCAUUCAAGGACACUUAUCGAUCUGUGUUUCCAGUGUCAGCAGAAGCAGAAGAAUUUCUGUAUGUACCUAGUUUGGACAAUAUUAUCUUGAACCUGUUGAUAAAACGUUUUGAGAAGGAAAGAAGGAAAGCUGCAAUGGCAGAUUGUGGUUUGAAUGAUUCCAGAGAGGUGCGCAAUCAUAUAUGGAAUCUACCCUUGACUCAUGAGGGUAUUUGUGGUUCAGGACUCGAACAAAAACUGAAAGAACGUGUUGAAAUGAAUAAACAAAUAUCAGAUCUCUUGCCAGAGGUAGACAGGAAACCUAAACGCAAAAACAGUGCUCCAGUCGAUCAACCUUGGAAGCGUACAAGGUUUACAGAGACUAGACUACAACCAUACAGACCAUAUCAUCAGCCAUACAAUGUGGGGACGGUGAGACCGCAGUUUCAUGCGUCAGCUUCUGCAAAGUACACCAGGUUUCCGAAGAGCAGCACUGCUAAGUCUGCCACGCCAUCACGACGUUCAGGAGAGUUGGAGACAUACAAGCAUUGAAGCUGGGGGAAAAAUAUGUAUCAGUUCAGAGCCAAGGGGUCACCUUUUUGAGACAAGGUCUAAGUAAGACUGACCGGCCUAACCACAUAUCAGGGAAGAUUUUUGUUCCAUGUUAUAAGGAGAACAAGUUACUAGAUCCCAAACGAGCUAUUACUUGGUAUUUAAAAAAGACUGAACCUUUUAGAAUUAAAGGAGAUGUUGAUGAAAAUGCUCAUUUCAUAAGUUAUAUUAAACCACAUAACAAAGUCUCUAAACAAACUAUUAGUUCUUGGCUGGUAAAGGUGAUUCAAACAGCUUAUGAUGAUAACACCAAGAAAGUGAAAGCACACUCUACUAGGUCGAUUGGUCCAUCAUGGGCUUUAUUUAAUGGUGCAUCUAUGGAGUCCAUUUUGCAGGCAGCAGAUUGGUCACGCGAGAGCACAUUUACAAAAUUUUAUUACAGAGAUGUUGAAACUGUAGUAUUGAAAUGAGGUUGACUUUUGUGAGAUAUCAUUGAUAAUAAUUUGAAAAAAAAAAAAAAAAAGUUUAUUUCCGACGGAUUGAAUUUGAAAUAAAAUGUUGGGAUAGUGACUUUAUAAGAUGAUAUGUAAGGUGUUAAGGAAUAUGAUAUAGGUAAUAUCAUUGGACAUUGUAUAUAGAUGUAAUUCUAUAAGAAAGCAUCAAUUACGGUGGGACAGAUUCACAGAUGUAUUACAUAGAUGAGGAAAUCUAUAUAAGGAAAUAUCACAAGAAGUGAAGAAUUCCGAAAACACAUCCUCAACCAUAGGGUAUGUACUGCUUUGAAAUCGAUCCUUAUGUAUAUUUCAGUCAGGCAAGUAUAAAUCAUGAAGUAAAAUUAUUCAAUUUUGAUAAGAAUUAGAAUUUUAAGAAUGGAUUUAUACUUGCCUGACUGAGGACGUCCCUCCUCCCCAUGUAUUUUGGGUGACGUUUUGAUGUUGGCGUAAUAAAACUGACGAAUGGGGUUUACACAUGGUAUAUAAAGGAGGUUUUUAACCACGUGAUAAUGGUUUAGAUCACGUGGGUUCUAUUUUUAGCGGA